UUUGCAUAACGGAAGCCAGUUUUACGUUCUUCUUGACUGCUCCUCUGUCAGCAUUUUGCCAGAUGGUUGGCCUGUCCCCGAGUGAGGUUGACAAGGAUGUCUAUAAUCAAGCGGAGACCAUUCUUGCUAAUGCCUUUGCUGAGUGGGAAAUAAUUCUAUGCUCAUCAACCACUAACUUGGAUUUAGUAUGGGCUCAAAUGAUAACCGAUCCAUUUUUGCGGCGGCUCAUUUUAAGAUUCAUCUUCUGCCGGUCAGCAAUCUCUUUUUACUGCCCACCUGAAGAAAGUGAGCAGUGUAUGCCGCUCUGCUUGCCUCACCUGCCCCACAUCUGUUGCACCGGCUUCUGGAGCCGUUCGUACUGCCGUUGUUCAGAUUGCUACGCACUUCGUAGUGGCUGACU